AUUUUAUCCCGUUGGGUUUAUAUUUGAAGUUGAAGCUCUUCACUCUGACAGUGCACAUUGAUUUAUUUUACAAUAGUAAGUAAACAAGUUGACCUGUUGACAAAAGUAAAAUGGCUGAUACUUCAGGACAGACUAAUGCUGAUGGUAAUAAUGCAGGUGAUGGACCCCAAACACAACAACAGCAACCACAAACUGUAGUGGGAUUCAUGAUGAGUAACAAGGUGGAAGCAGGAUUAUGGUUGACCAGGAUGUUCACUGUCAUUAGCAGCAUUAUGUUCCUUUUACCUAUAUUUGGUGGGAAUCCCUACACACACUACCAGCGAGCAUUGAUUAGCAACGCAGCUACCAGCGCCCUCCGACUUCAUCAGAGACUACCUAACUUUCAGUUCAGCAGAGUGUUCAUGUCCCUGCUGUUUGCUGAAGACAGCUGUCAUUACCUUAUGUAUAGCAUCAUUUUCCUGAACAGUUAUCCCAUCACAAUGGUUUUAGUACCAGUUUUUCUAUUUGCACUGUUACAUGCUUGUACAUAUACAAGGAAUCUCCUCAAUGUCCUUGGACCAAAUUCAAUGAUGUUUGUACGGAACAUGAUAACCAAACUUCAAGCACAACAGACAAAUAUUCUACGAUUUAUCGCCUGCUCAGAGAUAUUCCUCAUGCCAGCACUUAUAUUUAUGUGUUUCAGUGGAAAAUGUACAAUAUUUCAUCCAUUUGUCUACUAUAGAUUUUUGACAUUGAGAUAUUCAUCAAGGAGAAAUCCCUACUGCAGAACUUUAUUUUCUGAACUGCGAAUGACAGUGGAAUAUGUAUGUAACAAGCCACAGUGCCCACAAUUCGUUAGAAAUAUCACCACUAAAGCUGUAGCGCUUAUUUCAAGACUUGCCCCACAGGUGGCGCAACAGUGAUAGACUAUCUCAGAGGGUGUGUGAAACAUUGUCAUAGAAGAAUGCAAAAGGUUGUUAAGCAAACGUGGCUUGUUAUCAACCAAUUUUUUUAUUGAUCUAAAAAUUUUCUGAUUGCAAUUUAAUAUUUAGAUUUUUUUAAUUAUUAAUUUUUUUUUUGUUAAUGUCCAAAUUAUGUGAAAAGUUUAUUGAACCAGAAAUUACAUUGUUUAUUCCUCAUUCAGACCCUACACAAUUUAUUUGAUAUAAUAUAAAGAGUUAAAACAGUGUUGAAAU